UGCGGGCAGAAUCACUCGAACAGAACCAGGACAGGGAGGCCGGCUGGAGGAGCAUCAAAGCCCUGUGUUGCUGUCCCUGGGAGCCAGCAGGGUCGCCCAGCAUGCCCACUGGCAGGAGAGAGGGGACUGACCCACUUGUUCCCAUCAGCUUCUGAAGGUGACACUGAGCCCCAGGUGACCCCUCACCACCAAAGCAGGUGCCUGUAUUUGUCGGACAAAUACGGCCAGGCCUGCCACCUCCUUAGCGCCAAAGUCCAGAGGUGCAGAGUCCGCUCAGCAGGAUAGACAAACCGCCAGAGAUGUGGUGCAUUGUCCUGUUGUCCCUUCUGGAAUGGGUUUGUGCUGAGCCUACCAUGUAUGGGGAGAUCCUGUCCCCUAGCUACCCUCAGGCAUACCCCAAUGAGAUAGAGAAAACUUGGGAUAUAGAAGUUCCUGAAGGGUACGGGAUUCACCUAUACUUCACCCAUCUGGACAUAGAGCUGUCAGAGAACUGUGCAUACGACUCAGUGCAGAUAACGUCAGGAGGCAUUGAAGAAGGGAAGCUCUGUGGACAAAGGACGAGCAAGAACCCUAAUUCCCCAAUUGUGGAAGAGUUCCGAAUACUGUACAAUAAAUUGCAGGUGACAUUUAAGUCAGACUUCUCCAAUGAAGAGCGUUUUACUGGGUUUGCUGCAUACUAUGUUGCCAUAGAUAUAAAUGAAUGUGCAGAUUUUGCAGAUGCCCCUUGUAGCCACUUCUGCAACAACUUCAUUGGUGGUUACUUCUGCUCCUGCCCCCCAGAAUACUUCCUCCAUGAUGAUAUGCGGAAUUGUGGAGUCAAUUGCAGUGGGGAUGUAUUCACUACACUGAUUGGGGAGAUUGCAAGUCCCAACUAUCCCAAUCCAUACCCAGAGAACUCAAGGUGUGAAUACCAGAUCCUGCUGGAGGAGGGGUUCCAAGUGGUGGUGACCAUGAGGAGAGAAGAUUUUGAUGUGGAACCAGCUGAUUCAGAAGGGAACUGCCCUGACAGUUUAGUUUUUGUUACAAGGGAUAAGCAAUUCGGUCCUUACUGUGGUAAUGGAUUCCCUGGGCCACUAAAUAUUGAAACCAAGAGUAACGCUCUUGAUAUCGUAUUUCAAACUGACCUCACAGAGCAACAAAAGGGCUGGAAACUUCGUUACCAUGCAGAUCCAAUCCCCUGUCCUAAAGAAGUCACCGCCAAUUCUGUUUGGGAGCCUGAGAAGGCAAAAUACGUAUUUAAAGAUGUGGUGAAGAUAAGCUGUCUGGAUGGGUUUGAAGUUGUGCAGGGACAUGUUGGCUUGACAUCUUUCUAUUCUACUUGUCAAAGCAAUGGAAAGUGGAGUAAUUCCAACCUGGAAUGUCAACCUGUGGACUGUGGCGCUCCUGAACCCAUCCAGAAUGGUAAAGCCGAAGAUCCGGAAAGUACUUUAUUUGGUUCUGUCAUUCACUACACUUGUGAGGAGCCAUAUUACUUCAUGGAGAACGAGGAAGGUGGAAAGUACUUCUGUGCUGCUAAUGGGAGCUGGGUGAAUGAGGAGCUGGGCACAGAGCUGCCAAAAUGUGUUCCAGUCUGCGGAGUUCCCAGUGAGCCCUUUGUACAAAAACAGAGGAUAUUUGGAGGAUCUGAGGCAAAGAUUGAAAAUUUCCCCUGGCAAGUCUUCUUUCAGAACCCCAGGGCUGGCGGGGCUCUCAUUGGUGAGAACUGGGUGUUGACGGCUGCCCACGUCGUGGAGGGGAUCUCUGAACCAACAAUGUAUGUUGGCUCUACCUCGGUGCGCACCUCCGCUCAGAAGGAUGCCCAGUUGCUCUCUGUUGAACGUGUGAUUAUUCAUCCAGGCUGGAAAUUGCUGGGUGACCCAAACUCACGAACAAAUUUUGAUAAUGACAUCGCACUGGUGCAGCUGAAAGACCCUGUGAAAAUGGGACCUACUGUCUCCCCCAUCUGCCUGCCGGGCACCUCUUCAAAAUACGAUCUGUCAGAUGGAGACCUGGGACUGAUCUCAGGCUGGGGCCGAACAGAGAAAAGAGAUCAUGUGAUCAGACUCAGAGGGGCAAAGUUACCUGUAGCCUCUUUAGCAAAGUGUCAAGAGGUGAAACCAGAAAAUCGUAAAGUGGACACACAAGCCUUCGUUUUCACUAAUAACAUGAUCUGUGCUGGAGGACCAAAGGGCGUUGAUAGUUGUGAAGGGGACAGUGGUGGGGCCUUUGCUGUAGUGGACCCCAGCGAAGGGAACUCCAGGUUCUAUGUAGCUGGUGUGGUGUCCUGGGGACCCGAGUGUGGGACCUAUGGGCUCUACACGCGGGUGAAGAACUAUGUUGACUGGAUAAGAAAAACUAUGCAGGAAAAUAGUGCCCCCCAUGAGGACUAGUCUGUACAUAUACCACCAGCCUCUGCAAGGGUUAUGACCAAUCACUGCUUUCAGUUCCUCACAAUAUUCCUAUUAUUUUCACUAUGACUGAGAGAAGACAUAGGAGAAUGAUUUAAAAUGAACUUGAUCGUCGAGAUACCUGGCUGGAGGUAGAGUUGGAUCAUAGAGUUGUGUUGGUCCUUCAGUUGUGGUCUGAAUCUGUGAUGUCCUCUCCCCUGAAUUCCUAUUAUAGAUGACGUGGGGGGAGGGCUCUCCUACCUUGCACUAUUCCACAGAAAUACCUUAAUUUUUUGUGUCUUCUUUACCUGUUUGAAAUUACAUUUACUUUGUCAUUUUCAAUGUCCAUUAUCUACUUACAAUAAAGCAUAUUUACCACACAA